AUUUUUCUUAUCUACUGCGAGUCUGCGAACUGACACAAAUGCAUGGGCCCAGCUGAAAUGUUCAUUGUCAUCAUCACACUGUACGUAUGUAGCAGAUUUAUGACGGAGAGAUCGCAAUUGUCGUUUAGUUUCUCCUCAUAAUGGAAGAACCAGAAAGGGCGCUUAAUCCAAGCGCACAGAAUGGUUCUAACAGUACCUGUGGUGGUUAUGCCUCGACCAUGGGCCGAUUUUUCCACCAGAGAUCUAGUGCGUUUGACUGUAUGCACCCUCCCUCCGGCGGUGUAGGAGUGGGGGUCGGGCUGCCCCCUCCCCCACCCUCGGGAUUCGGGUACUCCGGUUAUCCCGGUGAGUGGGGGUUUAUGUCCGGGUCAUAUUCGCCUGGAUUUAACUUUAACAGGACGUUUAACUCUCCGUCUGCAAACCUAUUUCCCGUGUCGUCCAGGGAUUUUAAUGUAUCAUUACCAUCCGUGACGUCAGGGCCCCCACCCCUAAUCGGGUCCAGCCCGACCUCCGGGGUACUGCCAUGUGAAACGUCAGACGCAUACGAGUCGGGUGUGUGCGGGUCGUCAUGUAGCCCUUCACCGACAGGUCCCUGUCUGACGGACGAUCUUGACAGGAAGGAGAAUAAAAAUAGAGACACAAGCGACCCCUAUAAGUUAGAUUUAUCAGUGAAGCCCAGGAAGGAGAGAACAGCAUUCACCAAACAUCAGAUCCGGGAACUAGAAAAGGAAUUCUGUGUACACAAUUACCUGACCCGUCUACGACGUUACGAGAUCGCGGUGGCUCUGGACCUGACGGAGCGACAGGUAAAAGUGUGGUUCCAAAACCGACGGAUGAAAUGGAAGCGCGUGAAAGGUACAAAGUUAGUGAAAGACAAAGUGGAUGGACAGCUCAAGCCAAUAAUGGCCCCCAACAUCACGUCUACAAGUGUAUCACAGGCCGACGACUCUCAAAGGACGUCUGUAUGUGAUAUGCCACCAUCUUGAAAUGAAGAAUUACAGCAGUUUUGUGAUUUUUGAGACACAUCAGAUAUUUCAAUAAAUUCGUGAUGUGUUUUUGGAUUCGGAGGAAGAGCUUGUGAUAGGAAUGUUUCUAACCAACUUGUAUGAGGAUGGUGGGCAUUGUGCAAAGACUGGUGGUGGCCAUUUUGAAAGGGGCUGUGAAAGACGAUUCUGUGAUGCUUGAGUUUUUAGUGGUGCUUCCAUGUCGACCAUGUCGGCAAAUAUACGCGUGUAAACAAAUAAAUGGCCAAACGAUCUAACCUCUAUUUAUACAACUCUAUACAACGCGUAUCAAAUGCACAUUUUCAGGCACUGAUCGAAAUGGCAGAUACAAGUCUGGAUUUGCGUGAUAGGAGUGUGACGAUGAGAGUGAGGGGUUAGGUCAAAGGUCAUUUCAGUUCAGCUGACCACAAAAGUUCAAUAAGUGUAUGGUGCAUUGCCUGUAAAGGAAUGUAAAACCACGUGACAUUAUCAAAGAUAUGAUUCCUUCGUUUUUAAAUGUUCCUUCGAAAUGAAAGGUUACUAUUUAUUUUUGAUUUACAAAAAAUAAUCUCAGUUAUGAAAUAAAGGAAUUUUCUAUAUAUAGUUUACACGAACAUUUGUGUGAGAGGUAGCUGCCAUACCUGCAUGCUGUGAUAUAAUAAAAGAUUAUGUUUGUGAAUAACACGAUUCAUCUUUCACAACAUCGGCAGUCAUGAUACAAACCUCUUUAGUUUCACCAAAAUGAGAGGCGGAGGUACAGUGUAAAAGCGGGGAUUGGUCCUAAGGAAAGAAAACAAAUGUUUUGUUGUUCUAGGCCUCUUGUUGGUAUCUUUGUGUUCAAACUAUAUAUAUUUGUAUUAUCUAUAUUUGUAUGGCAUUAUAGUAUUACGCGAGAUAAAAGGGCCACGUCUAUCUGCAGUGGUAAACAAAUGAGUGGUUUACAGAGAUGUAUCCAGAGAGAAGCUGAUGAAUGGGUGAUUGUAUGUGUGUACUUUCUCAUUAACAAAUUGAUACUACAUUGUAUAUUACACCGUGUCUGGUCUACAUUUACAACAAAACCGAGCUUUUGAGAUUCCUGACUUUGUGUAAUGCAACAAUUUUCUUAAAUUAUGAAAGAGUUGAACUAUUUAAUGAAUUAAUGUCCUUAUUAGGACAAAACUACAUGUAUAUAUGUGUAUGAUUGUGAUGUGAGUUUUAUAUAUAUCCAUUGUUCAUAUGAAAUGUUUUACAAUAUCUCAGUACGAGAUCCAUGAUUGAGACAAAUGGUCUACUGUAACUUACAACAAUGGAGAACAGUUCAUACAACUGUGUUAGAACGAUAUUAAAAUGUUAACAUAUCA